AUGCAGUGAGUUUUAGUUGGGGCACUUAGCUGAAGUAAACAGAAAGGGAGGGGAGUGUGCGCAAAGCUUUGGGAAGGGGCAUGCAUGCAGACAACCGAUCACUGCAAAGUGCUGAGCGCGGUACAGACUGGCUGUAGCCCACACCACUCUUUCCUCUGUCCAAGAGAAGACCCCAAACCUCUGCUGUGAGGCGCUCACACUCAUCACAAUAAUGUGAAAAUCAGACGGAAACGUUUGUCAGAUGUUCAAACUCAUCGUCGCUUCAUUGUACUUCAGUGCCGUCCUUUUUCAACACUGUCACACAGUUUGCAGUCAGACUACUGUAGGCUAUCCACGAGGCUACCUGGUGUGAGAUGCGGCAAUGUCCCGAGGAAUAUGCCCACGCGUAAACUCCUGCGGAUCCUUUUGGAUAUUGUCAGCGGUCGUAUUUGCGGUGAGUGUGAUCGACGCGGACGCAUACAGCUGUCAUGAAGUGAGGACCGCUUUCCAGCUGCGGCAGGUCGGACCGCUGAACCGCGUUCCGGAGACACCUGGCACAGAUGUGGAUCUAUUGGUUUGUAAGCACCAGGGUCCGUCCUGCUGCACCCGGAAGAUGGAGGAGAGCUACCAAUUUGCUGUGAAAAGAGAAACCCUCCAUAACAUUCACUCCUACAGCUAUGAGCUUGAGCACCUCAUCUCUGGCCACUUGGAUGCCUUUCAGGGUAAGUGCUAGGACAAAGGGUAGCUUUAAGCUUAGGUUAGAAGGGAUUGGCCUGAGACACUGUGUUGGUGUUUAUGGAUAGGAAAGAGAUGUUACAUCUCUACCAUUGCAUGAGACCUUAUAUGUCUGAAUGCUUCUACAAAGUAUUAAAUUUAAAAACUUGACCCAGCUUUAAGCUGACGUGAAACUAACCUAUUGCACAUUAUUUAAAUCCA